AUGAGCGGCUGCACUUCGAUGGCGGCGCUGCCUGCCCUCUCGGGUCUCACCUCGCUGCAAAUGCUCGACCUCAGCUCGUGCGGCGCUUUGACAGCACUCCCAGAGCUCGAGUCGCUGCCAGCCUUGCAGACCCUCGACCUCGGCGGCGGAUGCCGGAAGCUCAAGGCGCUGCCCGACCUGUCGAACCUUGGCAGCCUCACCGCACUCGAUCUCGGCGGCUGCAGCUCACUCGAGACCCGGCUGCGGGCGUUGUACCUUGGACGCUGCGCAAAGCUCACGGCGCUCCCCGGCCUGAACGCGCUCCAGUCGCUGCAGACGUUUGAGCUCGGUGGUUGCUGGGGUCUCAAGGCACUGCCCGACAUGGCAUCGCUCCGUUCGCUUCACACGCUCGACCUGGAAGACUGCUCUUCGCUCGAAAGUUUGCCCGACCUCUCGUCGUUGCCGCUGCUGCAAUCCCUCAAGGCAGCGGCGCAUUCGGCGGUGCUUCACGCUGUGUUUCAAGGCCGCGGCCACUCCGCCUCUGCGCUCGUCUCAGUCGUGAUACGCUAA